AUGGCUAAUCUUCCUCCUUCUUCUUCGGCUUUCUCCAAGGCUUCUUCCAGCAAUGAUCCCAAGCUCUCUGCGGUGGAGCAGUUGGUGCUCGACAUCUGUGACCCUGAACUCAGAGAGAAUGCUCUUCAGGAGUUGUCCAAGAUGAGAGAGAUCUUUGAUGAUUUGGCUCCGCUUCUUUGGAACUCUCCUGCUACCGCUACUGCUCUUCUACAGGAGAUCCUCUCAGUUUACCAUCUCCUGUCUCCUCCAACCAUGACUGUUGCUCAGUCAAACAAGGUCUGCAAUGCCCUUGCGCUUUACCAGGUGUGUAAACUUUUUCAAAAUACAGCUAAUCUGCCAGUGUACCUGUAUGCUUUCUUGAGUACGUCAAGCACGUCGAGACCCUUUGAGUACCUGCGUUUGACCACCUUGGGGGUUAUUGGUGCACUUGUCAAGGUUGAUGAUACAGAAGUGGUCAAAUUCCUUCUUGAAACUGAAGUUGUCCCAUUGUGCCUCCGGGUCAUGGAAAUUGGCAGCGAGUUAUCAAAGACUGUUGCUACCUUCAUUGUUCAUAAAAUUUUGGUGGACGAUAAAGGGCUUGAUUACAUGUGCGUCAGUGCGGCUAGAUUCUUUGCUUUGUGUCAAGUUUUGGGGAAUAUGGUUACUUCACCUGCAGAAGGACCUUCUCCUAGGCUUCUCAAGCACAUCAUACGCUGUUAUCUUCGCUUGACUGAUAACAGCAGGGCCUGCCAUGCUCUCAAAACCUCCCUUCCAGAGCUUCUAGGUGAUACCACCUUCCUCAGCUGUCUCAAUGAUGAUCCAGCUGCAAGUGUGUGGCUGAAGCAACUGCACCACAACAUCAAGGUUGGCGGGGUUGGCGUUAAUCCACCUCUAGGGCUGGAGAAUCUGUUGAAAGCUAAAUCAGGCCUCUGAGUUUAUAUAUAUUCUUGGCAAAGACUUCUAUUUAUUGGACCAAAAUUUAGUGGGGGUGGGGGUUAAAGAUUUACAGAUGAGGAAUUUAAAACUCAUAACCAAAAACUUAUGUUCCUG